UCGGUAGUGUCGGUGGCUGUUAGUAAACUCAAAGUCAAUAAAUUUCUACUUGUUCUUGGUGUUCAAAUAGUAUUUUCCAGAUUAAUAAUAAUUAAUUAAUUAGUUAAAUAUGGUUUUUCACAAUAAGUGUUGUAUCCUACAAUGUACCAAUUCUUCAAAAAUUAGGCAUUCCUUUCCAAAUCCUGAUAAAGACAUUAUACGAUUUAGGAAGUGGCUUAGUGUUAUUAACAAUCCUGAUUUAGAUAUAAUGAAUUCCACUACAGUUUUUAAAACAAAACGAAUAUGCCACAGGCACUUUGAAGACAAGUUUGUUUCUUCAUGGAGUCAUAGAUUGUAUCCAAAUGCAAUUCCUAGCUUACAUUUGCAUGAUGAUUCCUCUUCUAAUGUACACCCCAGAAGUAUUUCAAGGUUGUAUGUGGAAGCAAAUGUAACAGAAAUUGAAACUCCUUCAACAAGUAGAGAUGCACAAUCGUCACACAUGUUUCAAUCAUAUGAGAUAUAUAAUUGUAUUGCAGAGCACAAUUAUGCAAAGUUACCAGAUGAAGAGAUUACAAACUGAUAAGAGUAAGGACUUAAAAGGUAUCUAUUAACAUGGCUGGAAUAAUUACAACC